UCGCGCCCUAAACAUUUCCAAUGAAUGCAAUCCGUUGUCAGUCAGAUCAUCAAUGGAGAAGAAACCCCGUGCCGAAUGCCAUGCGAAGAAAGUGUUGAUGUUGACACAUUUAUGGUCAACCAAGAAACAAGAAUGGAACUCAAACGCUCAAAAGGAGCAUUCUUUCGCAGUAUGGUCGGUCGUCGGAGCUGGAUAGGGAGCGUUUGUUUAUUAUUUACUAAGUAUCCGGUACCAGGAAAAGAUCGCAUUCGUAGCCUGAACUCGCUGGGUUUGUGAUAAAAUUUAAGCUCGUCAGCAUAAUUUCAAUCAGUUUCCCUGUUCAACUGAACCUAUGCUUUAUUCAGAAGAAAGUUUAGGGCAUCCGUCGCUAGAAAUAGUAGGCAGCUUGAUCAGUUCUAAGUUAGGUGGCAUCGAGAUUUGACCGAGUCCUUUCAGUGGGAUCAGUUAAGCGAAAAAAAGAUUCAAGUUUGAGAAGAAGACAGUUGUAAGAUAGUGGACAAAAUGGUAUCCAAAAGUACCUACAAUAUCCUGGGAUACAUCUACACCGGACUGUGCCUGACCGGAUCGUUACUUUUGAUUAUCAAUGUUAGCACAGCCAUCGAAGCCACGGGUGUAUCUGUGGCUUCGUUCUUUGUCACAGCCGUUUCCUCAACGUGUUUGCUGUUCAGUUUGGUUUUGCUGUUCGGGAUUGUGAGGAAAAACAUUCGACUCAUCACGCUUUAUUGUCACUUCCUGGUGGUUGUAUUUGUCCUAAUGGAGUUGUCGAUCAUCAUUGUCAGCCAGAAAAUUACAAGUUACGUUGCGGAUUACAUCCUAGUAAAACCGAUAUUCGGAGCUGCAUGCCUUGGCUUGCUUCUACUUCUAUCGGUCGCUCUUCUGGGGAUUGUCGUUGUGUGGUUUUCCCUGGCGAUGUGGCUCAUUAAUGGACUGAUUAUUGGGAUUCAAGAAGAACCAGAGGUUUCCUCACUACACUCCUUAGUAAAUGAAUCCUGUAAUGAGAAAUAAAAAUUUUGAAGGAGAUUUUUUUUUCCAACGGAUAUUUUUUGUGUAAUAGUUUUAUUUUUUAUGCUCGCCAAGAUAUCAUCAGUUUUCCUCGAGCACGAAGAGGAUCUAGCCCAAAUCAGGCCUCUUUUCCUAAGUCGGAGGCCCGAACGGCCAAGUCAGAGGCCAGAAGUCCAUAAAGUUUGUGUCGGAAGUCUAAAAUUGUUAUACAUUUGAGAAUGAGUGUGUACGGUUUGAUUUAUCAGAGGAAGCUGGAUGCUAUCGAUCCAUGUUAUUAGGGGUGAUCCUGAUCAUUAUCAAAAUUCGCAAAAUACUUAUAUAGUUUAAAAUAGUUAAAAUACAAUUUAUUUAACAGAUAUCCAGAAAAUUUUAUUAAAGUUUUUGUCCGGAAGUAACAUUUUGGAUGCUUUUUUGAGAGGAGUAGGCGAUGACCGGAUGACAUCGCACGUGAUUUUUUUCGCGUCCCGGAAAAAUAAAUAAAAAUUGCUGGUUCAUUCGUGAAAUUGUUAAUUUGAGUUGAUACUAAGUGAUAUCAAUAUUAAACCGGGGAAGAAUGAUUGUGCUCUGUGCAAUAGUUUGAUUCAGUGCCACGAAUUAUUCCCCAAGCGAGGGAAAGCUGUUGGUUUUGGUCAAUGUGAGCCAUCGUGGCUAGUGAAUUACUCCCAGAUCCGUCGCUGUUUCUUUCUAAAAGUCCGCCAAUGGUUGGCCAACAAGAAAAUUGGUUGAAAAAAGAAUGGUAAAGUGCAGGACUUCCAACAGGAAGGACAUAGUACAUACUAAGAAUAGAAAGUGUAGUCGAGAAUUGAUUUUAUGGUGAAAUUGGAAGUGUUUUUUUCGUUUUCUCCCCACCCAAAGGGAUUUCCCCCGAUUGUAUUCACUUGCCAACGACAUCUGUUUUCUGGAUUGCUAUGAUGAUGAUUCCACGUAUAGAAUUAUAUUUUAGCGUUACUUAGAGUUUAGAGCUUAUUAAAGGGAAUGGUAAAAUUAACUGUAUUUUAAGCAGUUCUAUUUAUCAAGCCAGCCGGAGUACCUCGAUAAGUGUAAUGCAUGUAUGUGUUCGAGACAAACAUUUCGUUUACAAGACCUUACGUACUUCGAACAGCCAACGCUUAUUAGAGACAAGCUGCGCAAUGAUAAGUAUCCUUCAUAUAUUUUACUCGUGCAAUGAGGUGUUUUUUCAUAAAAGUGAUUUAAAAAAAUCCGUUAUGCUUAAGUUUUUAAUAAGUUCAAUCUUGCAACCUAUUUUUUGUCAAAUCAUAUCUUUCAAUUCGGUAUCGCGUUUUUAAUACGUCAGCUUCUCAAAGUUUGACAGCUCCAUAAGCUCUCAGCAAAAAUAUUAUUAUGUUUUUCGUUUUUCUCUAAAAUAAAAUAUCCUCAAGAUAACUUUGUAACAAAAUGUAGGUCUCCGAACGGACCCUUUUUACCCAUCUCAUAACUCCAUAUGUUUACAUUUCGUGCAUUCACCUUUUUUGAAAUUCAUUAACGAAUUGCUAUUUAAAUAAAUUUAGUAAAUAUCGAAUCAUAUACUAAAUGCAUGAGGGAAGAUUACAAUGUUUUUUGUUCAAAUUUGAAUUAAAUGUAAUUUAAUUAAGAACUGAAAAUUUAUGCUUGUGGAAGCUUUCGGGGUUAUUCAAUGAGUAAAAUUAUAUUCUACGAUUAGGAUAAUUUUUUUCAAAAAAAAAACUUUCAAGCAAUAAACAGACCUUGAAGGGUUUUUGUUCUACUAAUAUUUUCCGUUUCUCUUUUUUUAUUUUCAAGAGCGAGUAAAGGCGCUUUAUCCUUGGUCAAUGACCAGAAAUGAUUGUACUCUGAAAUCCAAAACAGUUAUAAAAUAAAGCUAAGAUUUUAAAAAUCCUUAUGUUUAUCAAAUUCUUAAAAAUGAAUCUAUUCUUAGGUUUUGUGAUUUUGGUAUACCAAAUAAAUCAUUUCCAGCCGCUUAAGAAUUGCCCUAGUGAUUGGCGAAGUUAAUUCACAUCACCCAUGGUUUGUUCAUCAAUUUUUUUAGCAUGCUUCCAACGAUACUGCCCAUUCGA